GUUAUUUUUAAUUGUUGAGAUAAAUAAUAUUAAUAAGAGAUCUGUUCGAGCGAGGAGACGAGCAGGCAGUCGCGCGGCCGCUUUGUGCGAGGCCCCGGACAUGCCAACCAAGCACAAGGCGGCGGGUGUCGGUGGCGACGCUGAGAAACCUCCGGCUACGGUACGGGACACCGACAUCAGCGCCGGCCGCGCUAUGGAGAACGACAUCCUCGAUUCGCUGGAGGAUCUGGGAUACAAAGGCCCACUACUAGACAAUGGCGCUCUGGAUUUGGCAACAACUAAAGGGGCAGCUUCUCCAGAAUAUACUAAACUAUGUGCCUGGCUUAUAAUGGAACUGAAAGCUCUUUUCAAACUGGUUGAAAAUGUCAAUGCAACUACUAGUCCCACAGAAGCUGAAGAAUUUCAACUGGAAAUGAGUGGCUUGCUAGCUGAGAUGCAGUGUCCCUAUUCUGUUCUAACGACUGGAGAUGUCACUAAACGUCUUCUGAACAAAAAUAAUUGCCUUUUACUACUUACUUACCUGAUCUCUGAGCUCGAAUCUUCUCGGAUGCUUGGUGUGAACAACCCACCCAAGAAAGAACCAGACAAGCCAAGCCAAUCCUUUGUGGAGUUGAAAACUAUAUGCAUUACUCUGGGUAUGUCCAAGCCCCCGGAUAACAUCACCAUGUUCCAGUUCUUCAGUGGGAUUGAGAAAAAGCUGAAAGAAUCAUUGUCAAAAGUACCCCCUAAUCAUGUGGGUAAACCUCUAAUGAAAAAAGCACUUGGCCCACUUCACUGGGAAAAACUAGAAACCAUCAAUCAAAUCCUUGUUAAUGAAUAUGAAGUGCGACGAAAGAUGUUGCUGAAACGUAUGGAUGUAACCAUUCAGUCAUUUGGGUGGUCUGACCGAGCUAAGAGCCAGGUUGAAAAAUUGGCUAAAAUUUAUCAGCCCAAGCGUGCAACCCUGAGUCCAAAAAGCACUAUUUCUGUUGCACAUCUACUAGCUGCUCGGGAGGACUUGUCCAAGAUUUUGCGAACCAGCAGCGGCACCAUCCGAGAGAAGACUGCAUGUGCUGUCAAUAAGGUGCUUAUGGGAAGAGUGCCAGAUAGAGGUGGUAGGCCAAAUGAAAUUGAGGCUCCACCACCAGAGAUGCCACCAUGGCAGAAAAGACCAGACAAUGUCCAGUCUGGUGGUGGACGAGGAGGUGGAAGAGGCGGAUAUGAUCAAGGCUCCUACGGAGGAGGUGGAAGAGGCGGAUAUGAUCAAGGUUCCUAUGGAGGAGGUGGAAGAGGCGGAUAUGAUCAGGGCUCUUAUGGAAGAGGUGGAUAUGAUCAGGGAUCCUAUGGAGGAGGAGGAAGAGGCGGAUAUGAUCAAGGAUCCUAUGGAGGAGGAAGAGGUGGAUAUGAUCAAGGAUCCUACGGAGGAGGUGGAAGAGGCGGAUAUGAUCAAGGCAGCAGAGGUGGGGGCCGUGGUGGCUAUGAUAGGACAGAACAAGGAGGACGUGGAGGAGGCAGAGGAAAAAUUCAAGGCGGAUGGUCAGAUGGAAGUGGUCAUCAAGAUUCUAGCUACCAUGGGGGGCCCAGUGGCUAUCGAGGUGGUGGCUACCAAUCAGGUGGUAGCAGCUAUCAAGGGGGUGGCUAUCAAGGAGGUGGUUACCAAGGACAUCAAGACAACAGGUAUCAGGAUGGUGGCCAUGAUCAGGGAGGAGGACGAGCUGGAGGACGAGGAGGUCGUGGCCGAGGGGGUCGUGGAGGGCGUGGGGGUCAAGGUGGUGGGUGGAGCAGCAGAGGUGGACAAAGCUACAACCAGGGAGGACAGUUUGAGCAAUAUUUCCAGCAAGGAGGCCAACAAUAUGGUACAACUGGUUUCUAUCAAGGUAGGCAGUAUUCCAGCUGAUAACUUAAUAGUCUUCACUAUUGGCUUCAUCCUGCAAGGGGCACAGAUUUGCCCAAGUACCAAUUACCAACUGGAAUGCCACUACUUUGUAUUGAAUGAGCAGUGUUGCAGAUUUGUUGUCUAAACAAGCAGAAUG